UUCUAGGGAUGGCUAAGGGAAAGCGUACUUGGCACUGAUCCCUCCUUUCAGUAUAGACUGCAGUUUACAUUAGGCAGCAUAUUUUUUUUCUGUCAGCGGGAUGAAUAUGUCAUAAAUAGUUGGCGUUUAUAGAGGGGUAGUGGAUGCAUGUUUAGCAAUGCGAUGAGGCCAGUGCACUUUGCAAGACUUGCGCUGCAGAGAGCCUCCGCGGAUCCCACGACCUGUUGCUGACAAGCCGGGGAAAAGGAGAGGGAGAGGGGGAGCCGCUCGGGAGACACAGAGGGUUACUGCCUUGGAGACGACAGCCCGGGUUUCUUCGCGGAGGAAAUCAUGCAGUUUGCAAUCUGGCUGGUUGGACUAAUGUGUCAUCUGUCAGCGCUUGUCCGGGACACUUUGCAACACCGAUUGCAUCCGAAACAAGAAAGCUUCAUCAAGCAGCUGUCAUCGUAUGAAAUCAUCACCCCGCUCCGUGUGAAUGACUUCGGAGAAUCAUUCCCGCACAAAUUGCACUACAGGAGGAGACGGAGAAGUUUAAAUGAGGACCUGUCGGGCUUACGGGUUCACUACAGGAUUGAUGCAUUCGGGGAACGCUUUCAUCUCAAUCUGACCGCAGACUCCAGCUUCAUCGCCCCCUCUUACACAGUGACACACUUGGGAGCAGAACAGAGCAACGACACGGACACCCACUUCCAUGACCCGAGCGAUAUGCGCCACUGCUUUUUCCGCGGACAAGUCAACGCCAGGGACGAAUAUCCUGCCGUCUUCAGCCUGUGCACUGGCCUUAUUGGAACGUUUACGACACAACAUGGUGAAUACUUCUUGGAGCCUCUUUUAAAUGCUGCAGGGGAGGAAUAUGACGAAGAACACAACAAACCUCAUCUUGUCUAUCGACACGAGAGGAAGAAGAACAUCUCGCACACCGACAACAGCGCAGAGCCCUGUGCUGCCUCAGCAGAGAACUCCAAGAGGCCGGUUGCUUUUGAGAGCAGAGGGAGUAUGGGAGAGGAGCUGAACUCUCUCAGAGCCACAAUAGAUGAUCAACACAUUUAUGACAACAACUCCACGAGCACACACCCCAAAUCCCCACGCAGACGCAAGCGCUUCCUCUCCUACCCUCGCUACGUUGAGCUGAUGGUGACGGCGGAUGCCAAAAUGGUGCGUCACCAUGGACGCAACCUAGAGCACUACAUCCUAACAAUCAUGUCAGUAGUAGCAGCAGUGUACAGAGACCCCAGCGUAGGAAACCUCAUCAACAUCAUGAUUGUCAAGCUAGUCGUCGUCCACAAUGAACAGGAAGGGCCCACAGUGAGUUUCAACGCCGCCACGACUCUCCACAACUUCUGUGUCUGGCAGCAGAGCCAAAACAUCCAGGAUGACAGCCAUCCCUCUCACCAUGACACGGCACUCCUUAUCACCAGAGAAGACAUCUGCCGUGCGAAAGAUAAAUGUGACACAUUAGGGCUCGCGGAGCUGGGGACAAUGUGCGACCCGUACCGGAGCUGCUCCAUCAGUGAGGAAAAUGGAAUUAGUGCCUCCUUCACCAUCGCUCAUGAGCUGGGCCAUGUGUUCAACAUGCCUCACGAUGACAACCCAAAGUGUCGGGAGGCAGGCAUGAAGCACCAGUAUCAUGUAAUGGCUCCCACGCUCAACUAUGACACCAAUCCCUGGUCGUGGUCCAAGUGCAGCCGCAAGUACAUCACAGAGUUUCUAGACACCGGCUAUGGAGAGUGCCUUCUUGAUGAACCUGUAGGCAGGACGUACGAGCUGCCGACCCUCCUCCCUGGUCAAAUCUACAAUGCCAACAGACAGUGUGAACUGAUGUUUGGACCCGGUUCCCAAAUUUGCCCUUACAUGAAACAGUGCAAGAGGCUGUGGUGUACCAGUGCAGAGGGGGACCAUAAAGGAUGUCGCACACAGCACAUGCCACUGGCUGAUGGGACCGACUGUGGACAUGGAAUGUACUGCAGACACGGGAUGUGUGUAAACAAGGAGUUGGACCUGCAGCCAGUCCACGGGGAGUGGGGUCCUUGGGGGCCCUACAGUGUUUGCUCCAGGUCCUGUGGUGGAGGAACCCGGAGCACCUCCAGAGACUGCAACAACCCUGAGCCCAGAAAUGGCGGGAAGUUCUGUGUGGGUCGCAGGAUGAAGUUCCGCUCUUGCAACACUGAGCCAUGUCCGCGAGGACGGAAGGAUUUCCGCGAAGAGCAGUGCUCUCAGUUCGAUGGCAAGCACUUCAACAUCAACGGUCUACCUCCCACCGUCCGCUGGGUCCCCAAGUACAGUGGCAUACUAAUGAAGGAUCGCUGUAAGCUCUUCUGCCGGGUUGCUGGGACUAUGGCGUACUAUCAGCUGAAGGACCGCGUCAUCGACGGCACGCCAUGUGGGCCAGAUACUUACGACAUCUGUGUUCAAGGCCUCUGCAGGCAAGCAGGCUGUGACCACGUUCUCAACUCAAAGGCCAGGAAUGACAAAUGUGGAGUGUGCGGCGGCGACAACUCAUCGUGCAAAACCCUGGCAGGGACCUUCAACGACGCUCAGUACGGUUACAACACAGUGGUGCGGAUCCCAGCCGGAGCCACCAACAUUGAUAUCAAACAGGUCAGCUACUCUGGAAAGCCAGAGGACGACAACUACCUCGCAUUAUCCGACAGCCAGUCCAACUCCCUCUUAAAUGGGAACUUUGUAGUGGCCAUGUUUAAAAGGGAAAUCACCUUCAAGGGAACCAUCAUCGACUACAGCGGCUCGGACACAAAAGUGGAGCGCAUCAACUGCACUGACCGCAUCGAGGAGGAGCUCAUUCUGCAGGUCUUGUGUGUGGGAAACCUCUACAACCCAGAUGUCCGUUACUCCUUCAACAUACCCAUCGAGGAACACAGGGAGCAGUUUGUGUGGGAUCCCUCAGGUUCCUGGCUCGAGUGCAACCGCAUCUGUCAGGGUGAGCGGAGACGAAAGGCAGUGUGUGUGCGUAAGAGCGAUCACCUCGAGGUAUCAGACCAGCGCUGUGAACAUUUACCUCGUCCUGUUGCUGUUGCUGAGCCCUGCAACACUGACUGUGAAGUCAGGUGGCAUGUCGCUGGAAAGAGCGAAUGUUCUGCUAAAUGCGGACCAGGCUACCGCAGCCUGGAUGUUCAGUGUAUGAAGUACAGCCUGAUGAAGAGACAGAGUGAGAGGAUGGAGGCCAGCGCCUGUGGAGACUCCGCUAAACCUCAGACCAGAGAGCCCUGCCAUGGGGACUGUCUGCUCAAGAGCUGGCAGUACAGCGCCUGGUCACAGUGCUCUAAGACCUGUGGACGCGGGAGCCGCAGCAGAGAGUCUUACUGUAUGAACAACCUGGGUAGACGGCUGGUGGACCGGGACUGCAACGAAUACCAGAGGGUGGUCACUGAAGGCUGCAACGAGCAGCCGUGUCCGAAGUGGACUGUUAGCGAGUGGAGUGAGUGCCUGGUGACUUGUGGGAAGGGGAUGAGGCACAGACAAGUGUCCUGCAGCAUGGGAGCCGGGGAGGAAAAGCUGAGCGAGCACUUCUGCGACCCAUCCAGCAAACCUCCUGCUGUAGGGAGCUGCGAGCUGCCCGAGUGUGCGUCCUGGCAGGUUGGCGUCUGGGGAGCGUGUGCGGUGACCUGUGGCCACGGCUACCAGAUGAGAGCUGUUAGGUGCGUGUCGGGGAACUAUGGUGACACGGUAGACGACAGAGAGUGCAAUGCUGCGGCAAGGCCCAGAGACAGCCAGGACUGUGAGAUGCCAGCAUGUGCCUGGGCCUCUCCGGUGCAAAGCACACCUCGUCCUGACAACUCCGCUCAGCUCCUGACUCAGUGGAGAUACGGCUCCUGGACUGCGUGCUCGGUGUCCUGCGGCAAGGGGAAGCGGGCGCGUUAUGUGAGCUGCAGAGAUGCCCAAGGAGGAGUGGCUGACGAGUCGCACUGCGCCCACUUGCCCAGGCCCCCGGAGUCCUCCGCCUGCUUCAGCCCGUGUGGCCAAUGGCGUGCCGGGGAGUGGUCUCCUUGUUCAGUGACCUGCGGCGUUGGGAGAAGCACCAGACAGGUGGUGUGCUCUAACUACCACCAGCCAGUGGAUCAGUCUUUCUGUGACCCGGAUGAGAAACCUGCGACAGAACAAGAAUGCACCGCUGUACCCUGCUCCUCCAUCUACCACCGUCAGCGCAUCAACGACCAGCCCUACGGAUAUCCUCAGGACCCAGGGCGCCAUCCUGGGCACAGCAGCUGGAAUGUGCCCUCAGCAGACAACCAGUGGAGGACCGGACCCUGGGGCGCAUGCUCCAGUACCUGUGCAGGAGGCUUCCAGAGGCGAGUGGUGGUCUGUCAGGAUGCCGAUGGACGCAGCAACAGCUACUGUGAUGAGAGGGUUAAACCUGCCGAGUCUAAGGGCUGCGACUCUGGACCCUGUCCUCUGUGGAACUACGGCGUCUGGGGAGAGUGCACCCAGACCUGCGGUGGAGGAAGGAGGACCCGCCUGGUGGUUUGUCAAAGGCCCAACGGCCAGAGGCUCAACGACUACAACUGUGACAUCCUCGACAAGCCGCCCGACAUGGAGCAAUGCAACCUGCAGCCCUGCCCAGGCUCUGCCUCCUGGCACCGCCGACCAUGGAAGCCGUGUUCAGUGAGUUGUGGUCGGGGGACCAAGCAGCGGGAGAUAGCCUGUGUUUAUCAGAACCAAACCAAAAUAGAGGAGGAACACUGCAGUCAUCUGCCUCGGCCGCGGACACAGAAGGCCUGUCGGGCGCGGGGAUGCCCCACUUGGAAGGCCAACAGGUGGAGGGAGUGUUCUGUCACCUGUGGAGUCGGAGUCCAGAACCGAGAUGUUUACUGCAGACUGAAAGGCACUGGACGGGUCAGAGAGGAUCUAUGUGAUGCUCAACAGCGUCCUGCCGUUGUCCGGCCUUGCCAAACUGCAGAAUGCACACAUUACUCUUGGGUCGCUGGUGAAUGGGAAGAAUGUAAUGCAACCUGUGGAGAAGGCAUGAGAGGCAGGAAGGUGGGAUGCAUCGGCCCGGGGAUGACACCCGUCCAGGAGGAUUACUGUGAGCCAUCGUCCCAGCCACCAUCACACCAGCCCUGCAAAAGAGCUCCCUGCCAUUACAUGUGGAUUACAGGGGAAUGGUCACAGUGCUCUGCCAGCUGCGGUGUGGGCUACCAGCAGCGUAUAGUCUCCUGCUCCGUGAUGCCCUCCUCUCAGGCUCUGCGCCCGUACGCCGCUGCUGCUGCCCAGUCCUCCUCUGCCAGCACCCACUGCCCCGAGCCCCACCCUCCUGGCACCCGGCCCUGCCUCCUCAGGGACUGCCCGCACACAACCUACUGGAAAGCUGGCCCGUGGAGCAAGUGCUCGCAGACCUGCGGGGCGGGAGUGAUGGAGCGCAGAGUGGAGUGUGUGACGUCCAAAGGCCAUCCGUCCAAACACUGCCGUCCUUCAGAGAGACCUGAGUCCAAGGCUGCGUGUCAAGAUAGAGAAUGCCAGUUGUUCGCCUCCUGCCGAGACGUCCAGAUGAGACUGGGUGUGAAGAUAGAUGGGGAGUACUAUCUCAAAGUCAAGUCCCGGAUCCUACAGAUUUACUGUGCUGAGAUGCAGACGGAUUUUCCCAAGGAGUAUGUGACCUUGCGCAGCGGUCAGACAGACAACUACUCAGAGGUGUAUGGGCACAGGUUACUGAACCCAUUUGAAUGUCCGUACAACGGCAGCAGAAGACAGGACUGCGACUGCAGGAAUGACUACUCAGCAGCGGGAUACACACUCUUCCACAAAGUUCGUGUGGACCUUGGCUCCCUGAGGAUAAUGAUCACAGACCUCCAGUUUUCCCAGACUCUUCACGGUCGACCUGUGCCCUUUGCUACAGCGGGAGAUUGUUAUAGUGCAGCCAAGUGUCCACAGGGCCAGUUCAGCAUUAAUCUGAUUGGCACUGGUCUCAAAGUGGCUGAGGCCACCAAGUGGACAUCACAGGGCAACUAUGUUUCCGUCAAAGUCCACAGAUCUGAGGAUGGAACAAGAAUCUACGGCCGCUGUGGUGGUUUCUGUGGGAAGUGCAUUCCCCAAGCUCACAACGGCCUACUCCUUCAAGUCCACUGAGGGCCAUGCAGAGACCAAACCCCCCUAAAUCUCUCCUGAAGACAGUAGCCCAGGAACAUGCAAUAACAGUGAUCUGUUGGACCACGUCGUCAUCUGUGAGUGUGGCGGAGGAGCAUUUAACAGCAAUCAUCCCACAGUAACAUCCCCAGUUUCCUAAUGGCAGCUAAAGCAUUCAAGACACUACGUACUGUGCAGUACUACAGGACCACUGUCGGGUCCUUCAUCCAAACUGCAAACUCUGAAGAAGAGCCAGCUAGAUUUGCAUGCCAACAGUGUUGCAAUGGCUAUCAAACACGUCUGCGCUUUGGAACCUAAAAUGAUUUUUUUUUCUGACACUGUUUUGCUUUUUAUUUUAGCAUUAUACAAAGGGAUACAAAACUUCAAAACACUGAGAAAGCAUCUACGCAAACAGUUAAAAAAAACUCAGUACUUAAAGGAAGAAAUUCUCAUCUUUAAAAAACAUUUUUUUCUCUUCUGUGAAGUGUAUUCUGUAAAAGAAAAAGAAAAAAGCCAGAAUUUUGGCAUGAAGUACCUGGAACUAAUCUUGUUAUAUGUGAAUUUCCACGGUACAUAGAUAUUUAUUUUUACAGCUACACUGUAAGUAUUUAGUUGCAACUUAUCUAACUGGAUUGCAAUGAAUGAGACAGUAUAAAAAUCAUUGCAAUCUUCUGAUGACAAAGAAGUGCUACAGACACUGCAAUAGUAUGUGAGGGAUGGUUGUGUUGUUGUUUUACAGGAUGACAACCAAUAGGCUGAUUUUAAAAAGAAGUAAUUCAAGAACACUGUAUUUUUCUGAGACUACUAAAUGAGCUACACUGCAGAUCAUCUUGGCCUAACACAAGUUUAAAGGAAUAAUUUGACAUUUGCGCUUAUUUACUUUUUUUGUUGAAAGUGAGAUGAGAUAAAUGUGAGGUAACCACUAGCAGACAAUUAGAUUAGCUUAUCACAAAGACUAGAAUCAGGAUGAAAUUGAUAGCCCGGCUCUGUCUAAAGAUAACAAAAUCCGCCCACCAGCAGCUCACAAAUGAACAUGUAUCCGAUUUGUUUACUCUGUACAAAACCAAUGUGUAGUAGUUUUAGAGGGGGUAAUAGGCCAGGCCAUUAUGUAAACCAUAGACUGUGUAUAUAGAUGGACGAUGCGUCUCUACUUCUUCCAGCUGUACAAAAAUGAAGCCGAAACAUCCCAGAUAGGGGCGCUGGUGAUGUCAUUUCCAGGAGUGGAGCCAUGGUGUCAAGCUCUCGCCCAUACACUCAUACACCAUUGGCAUGACACAGAUUGACACAUACAGCUGUCAAUCAUGACCCCAAAUCCCCUUUUCCUUAGCAUAACAACUAAUUAAAAAACAAACUUAUCUGAAAAACGAACACUUGAACAUACAUCAGCAUGAUAAGAACCAUCUAAAAUGACAGAAACCUUUUGGAAAAGUACUGCAGCCAGCCACCAGGGGGCGAUUGAGAUGGUUUGGUUUCACUUUUGGGGCACUGUCCUGUUGUCCAUCUUUAUAUACAGUCAGAACAUAUACAGCUUAUAUAAAAGCUUGAAAGUGUUAGGUAUAUUCCUACAGUCUUGACAUCACACAUGAGGUUACCAGGGAGCAAACACUCAAGGAAGUGACUGUACCUUUAGUCCAGCAUCUGCACAGGGCCCCAGGAAGUGCGUCAGGCUAUGAAGCCAUUUUCUGUUGAAGCCAAACAGUGGAAUUACAGUUUCCAAGUCUGUCAUGUGAUGCCAUUGGGCCAAAAAGGUUUUCUCCCUAAGACUUAGGUUUCUAAGAAUUUGAUACAUUUGGUUCAACAACAUUUGGAAAGUCGAGAACCAGAAGUAGCCAGGUACAGCGAUGUGGAAGAGAUGCCAGUCAUCCUUGUAAUUUUAUACCCGGCAGUUAAACAUUUUUGGCUUCAUGCACCACUGAGCUAACCUGGAAAUCCAGAUGCCCCGCCCCUAGCAAAUUCAAAUUUGCCCUGCACGGGGAUCUGGCCCCGACAAACAGAGCCCGCUGAAUCGCCUAUCAGACCAAUCAGAUCAAUCAGAUCAGUCUAUCUGACAGAGGCGGGCUCUGGGCGGGUGUAACAUGAUGAGGACAGCGCCUGCGCCAUAGGAGUCGAAAAGUAAACAGCCAAGAUGGCAGCUGCCGCGUCCAUUCAAUUUAGCUUUGGAAGAAAUGCUAAGCCAACCACACUUAUCUUUUUCCUUGAGAGAGGAACAGAAGACUGCCCUAGAAGCCUUUGUUUCCAGGAAGGAAGUUUUUGCCGUUUUGCUGACGGGAUACGGCAAAAGCUAAAAUACUCCUGCUGGCUUCACAUUUACCACACAGACAUAGAGAGUAGAGAGUAGUAUCAAUCUUCUCAUCUUACUGUCGGCAAAAAGGUGAAUACGUGAUUUUCUCAAAAUGUCAAACUCUUCUUUUGGGCUUAAGACUUAAAGACAGAGCUUGCAACUAACUACUGAUAUGACCUGCCUUAUGUCAGAGGUCAAACUUUAGGAGCACGUGAGGAGCCUUCAGAACAACUUUAGAUGAUUUUAGUUUUCAUUGUUGUGUGUUUCUAACAUCUGUCUGCUGUCAUCUGUCGUCAAGUAUUUCUCAGAACUACUGAAACCAGCACAGUCCACUUACUGACACAUGGCUGCCACAUAGAGGCAGAAUAAACACUACUGCUGUGAGGAAAUAACUGACAUCUUUCAGUAUCUCCAAGUGUUUAAGCACAGUGUAAAAGUUUUCUGUGGCUUUUUUUUUUCAACCAUGAGGAUUUUUUUUAUUUUAUUUGAAUUUUCACACCACACAGACAGUUCUCAUCUUUUACACCAUGACACAGUAUCAGGUGUGACGUCUCACCUCACACCCUCCAUUGGGCCUACUGUAGGUACCUGCAACCCCUACCUCUCACCGACAUCCAUACUCUACUGAGAUAUGUGUUGUAAUAUAUUUAUGUUUGACCAUAUUUAUUCUGUAAUGACUGUAGACAUGUUCUAUGUUUUAAGGCACAAUGACUACUACGAAACGGAGAAGCCAUUGUCUGAUGUUUUUUGUCCUUUGUCUGCUUUGCUAAAAGAAAAAAAAAAGGUAUUAGCCUACUACUGUUUGUAGUGUAUAACCACUAACCUUAAAUGAGGAUCUUUUGAAUGGUGCUUUUGAACUACUGGAAUUACCUCUGAUCUUGAGAAGGAAAACGCUGGCUCUCGGCUCUUUGGCAGAUGUAGGAUCUGCCUGUAAUGCAUGUGAUGGUCCUCUAAUUAAUGUAGCUGAAAAUCUAGCUGUUGCCAGGUAAAUCAGAUGAACCACUGCAUGAGGAAAUCUGCCCUUAACUUAACUCAUCAUAAACGACUCUCACCAUGGCCACUACUACUACAGCUAUUAAGCAAUCUAACAUGCUGGUACUCUGAUGUUAAGCUUUAACCAAAGUUAGAAGAUAGACGCAGAUUAUUUUUCUUCUUCUCAGACAAUGCAGCUUCUUUUGAUUUAAAGAAUGGCUGAAAAAUAUAUUAAAAAAAGUCAAUGAGCAGCUAGAAAACCUUUGGCCAUCGUUCAUUUUUAUGAUGGGCAAUUGUUCUAUGAGGUCUGUAUCAGAAAUUUAAAGAAUACUUGAUGCACUAUGUGCCAUAAAAUUUUGUAGAAAUGUAAUCCUGUUUGGUUUUUUUGUAAUAACCUUUAAGAUUUGUAACUUAUGAUAUAUGUGUAUUUUUAAUAUUCAUACUUGAAUUGUAAACAGUGUGCUAAAUAUUGAAUGGGCAUUGGUACUGAACAGAGAAACAGUGUGCUUGUUUGCCAUGCUUUAUCCAAAGAUGUUUUAAAGAAUCAUGUGUACCUACAGUAUGUAUGUAGCCUGUAUAAAAGAAAUGAAUGAUGAUUCUGGUGCUAUGCUUACUAAUCGUACCUAUACUGUAUGUCUCGCUACUAUACUAACCUUGUUUAAAAUAAGUAAUAAUAAAAGGUGCUUUUCA